CUGGGUUGUAUAUUUAUGUCGAUGUUUGUACUGUCUCGGGACCGAAUCUAUUGUAUAUAGUGAUAACUUGAGUAGUAUAUAGUGAUAACUUGAGUAAGGUAAAGCGGAAAACAAGGAAAAUACAGGAUGCUCCAUGUUUUUGACUGCCGCUCCAAAAGCGAAGUGUCAAGGAAAACUUUAGGAACGGAUGGUUUGGACCUGAAAGGCUUUCUUCGUGUUGUCCACCAGGAAUUUUUCAUUCCUUUAAGUGAGACGUUUGUACUGGUUACAACUGACAGGACGGUUGUGGAUCGUGACAAAUUUGAGGAGCUGCAGGAUGGCAUCACCCUCUGGUUGCUGCAACAUAAAGACCAACCUCUUUCAGCUUCAAUAGAGGAAGAAAUCCAGUUUGUGCCUCAUUUUAACACACUGGUCCAGAGUGGGGCCAAUGAAUACUUCGUUGAGGGCCACAAAUCACUGCCUUGCGCCUUUGCUGAGCUGGUGGACAAUGCUUUAUCAGCCACAGCUAAAAACACUGGCAUUAGGACAAUAGAGAUACGACUGCAAUUCAAUAAAGCUGAUGGGAAACCUUCAGUGACUGUUUUGGAUAAUGGCUGUGGGAUGACCUCCAAGCAGCUAAACAACUGGGCAGUUUACAGACUCUCUAAAUUCACACGAGCUAGUAGCACAAUUGAAAGUGAAAAUGUGGAAUAUGUGCGUCCUGCUCCUGUGCCUCGCAGUCUGAACAGUGACAUAUCCUUCUUUGGAGUCGGAGGAAAACGGGCUGCUUUCCAUAUCGGGGACUCAGUCAGAAUGAUCACCAAAACAGCUGGCUCUCCAGAUGUUCACGAGUUGGUUCUGUCAAAAGAAGAAUUUCUGAGAAAAGAGCAGAACAAAGAGGAUGUUUAUAAAGGAACCAUCUUAAACAGGAAGCCUGGUGACUCGUCACAUGUAACAAAUGAUGAGCGCUUUCUCCGAAGCCUCAUUACAGAAGAAACUGGGAACAAAAGCUUCACUGCUGUUGUUAUUACGGGAGUUUGUCUCGAGGACAUCGACUACCUGAAGCAACAUUUUCUUGAGUGGACCAGAGAGCUAGCGCACAUUUAUCAUUAUUACAUUCAUGGCAUUGAUGGAAACAAGUUAAAUGGCGAGAGAUCAGUUGAUCGCCCAAAUAUCGACAUUCUGGUUACAUUGCGGGAGAAGCCUCCUAAAUGCCCACGUGCCAUUAAUCUCAGAGAAGUGGAUGACGACAUGCAGACUUUGUACAUCAACUCUGCUGUCAGCAUGUUUGAGUUCAGAGCCACCACUUCAAACGGCGGCACCGUAGAGGGGAUUCUCCGAUAUCACCCAUUCCUCUACGACAAGGAGACCUACCCCAAAGAUCCGUACACUGCUCAAGAGCCUGUUGCUGAGGACGACCAUGAAAACGAGCCCGAAGGCCCAAAUCAGGCAAGAGGAAAAAGGGACAUCUUUGAAUGUUUCUGGAAUGGACGACUCGUCCCUUACACCACAGUUUCUGAGUUUGAUUGGUGCACUCGACCCAUUAAAGGAGCCUCUUUACCUGCAGAGUGUUACAGCAGGUUCUCUGGGGUGCUUUUUACUGAUGACAGAUUCCAGGUUAACGCAAGCAAGCUAAAGUUCAUGGAUUUGGAGUUGAAACUAAAAAACAAAGAUACCAUUUUCACCACUUUUGUCAACAAUCAGAAAACCUCAAAAAGAAGCAACAUCGAGAAAGAAUUCACACAGUGGCUCGAGACCUGUCACGAGAAUUUUGACAAACAGGUGAAGUUUAUUGAAUACCUCGGCACCAUUACUCGAACCGACAUGGCGAUGAAGAGAAGACAGCAUCCCUGGGCGACGUUCUCCUCCAUCGAGUUUGGUGGAAACGUAUACAAAACAGGCCAAUUAGUGAAGUCUCAGAAAACACAGCCACUCCUUUAUGGCAGCGUUGUUCGGUUUUUGCUGUACGGAGAUCACAACCAGGACGUCUACGCUACAGGAGGACAAGUGGAAAUCAGACGUGAGCCUGAAGCACUUUACGACAGAGCCACUAAGAUCAUCGCCAUUUCUAAGAUUGACACGAACAUCAGUGUUGAAGGCAUUAAGACAGUUAUUGAGAAUGACCUCGACAAGCUGCCAGAGGAGCUUAAACUUGAAUGGCCAGAGGGAAACGAUUGGCCUCAGAAUGCUAUUCGUCCUGCUGGAACUGUUUUUGGGCCUCUUAAAGUUGAAAUCCUCAACAGGAAGGGGGACUUGAUUUCCAAGAUCCUUUCAGGAGGCCAAGGGAUAAAACUGGACAUUGAACUCCAAAUAGUCCAUCAUGGUCCUAAAGAAAACAAAGAGUUUCCCAGACUUGCUGCUCCCUUUCUCCUUACUAAAGGACACUGGUUCAAAAAAAUCGAAACUCUGAGAUACUUGGGGAAAUACACACUGACUCUACAAACUGUGAUACACGACAGUUGUUCCACCGUUUAUGGAGGCAAGCCGCUUCCCAGCCAUGUGCUCAAGUUCACCAUCAAAGAGGGUAGUGCAGAGAGCUUUACUGUGGGUCCUCUGAGCUCCCCUCUUCGUGUGGGAGUGCCCUUUGACAUUCCUCUGGAGGUUAAAGACGGUUAUAAUCACCCAACGAAGCUUCCUCCCAAAAUCAAACCUGUCCUGGAGUGCAGUGGCCUGGAGUUGAGCUAUAGGGUUACAAGCUACAGUGGGACCACAUUCAUCAUCAAAGAUGUCAAAGCACGAGGGAAAGUCCAGAAUUACCAACAAAACAAGGGUUAUGUCCUGAAUGUGACAAUUCCUGGUCUAAAAGCAGACACACAAACCUUUACGAUCAGCCUUUUACCUGGAAAUCCACAUUUGCUUCACGUGAAGCCAGACUCAAAGCCAAUCAAAUUAGAGAAUGGAAACCCGACAACUUUUCUAGUUGAAGUUCACGACGAGGCGGGGAACAUCACGGCCGACCUCAAUCAGAUUGUUCAAUGCCAGGUCACAGGACUUCCUUUAAUGGUUGUAGACUGCAGCAACACUGGAGUGGGCCAGCUUGUCACAACACCCAUCAACCUUAACAUAAUCAAUGGAGAGCCUAAAAUCCUUGAAGCUGAAUUCAGCAUGCCUAGUCAGAAGCACGUUAAGCCAGUUGUGACGGAGCUGAAGGUCAUGCCCAGCAGUCGAGUCACAAAGAUGGUAGUCUUCUGUCAGGGGGAAGAUUCUCUGGUGCUGAAUAACAAAGAAAAGAUCAAGUGGGAAGCAGGAGGACUGCUGGAGAACCUGUUUUAUAAACUGUAUGAUGAGUCUGGCACAGAGGUGUCCAUCACUGAAAAAGUAGCCUCCAGGAUUAAGGUUAACUGGACAGAUGAUUAUCAGUCAGAUGUGGUUCAGGGGAAGUUACCUGAUGUUCGGGUACCCAAACAGGUGAAGGAAGAGCGCUUCUGCCAGGUGUCCUACCAGGAGCUGAGCGUGUCCUUCUGCAUUGUGCCAUGCCCGGAUGAACCCGCACGGUUGAAAGUAACAUCGCCUCAAAGCACAUUGAGGCUCGGUGAAACCUUAGCAGGACACAUCAAGUUGGAGUUUGUGGACCAGUAUGACAACAUUACCAAGAAGUUCACCCCCACCUGCACCGAGAAUAUAACUGUGGAGGCCGAAGGGCUCGACAAGUCAAAUAUCAACUUCACAUGGCAGGAGAGCAGCAGUUCUGUUCUGGUGACUGGACUCCAGUUCCGCUCCGGGUCUCUUGGGCCAAGAGAGAUCAUCUUCAGCUACGAUGGCUUCACAGAACGGGUCAUCAUUAAACUGACCGAAGGAGUCCCAUCGCAGCUUCAGCUGGUCAGCGGACCUGAGCAGCCGUUGCAGCUCAUAAAUGGUCACGGCAUUCCCACGCCGUUCGUGGUCCAGCUGUGUGACAAGUGGGGGAACCCGUCUCCAGACCAGAGAGUUGUGGUAGAGAUCAGAUCUUCACCCCCCACGAUAAAGGUGUCCGCAUCUGUUAUGUCACAACCUGUGGAUGCAGAGGGGAAAGCCUCCUUCAUUGUUAACAGUGUAACCGGUCAAAGGGGGUACUAUCAGCUGGAUUUUAAAGGUUCCUUCAACAGGAAACCCAUCCCUGGUCCAUCAGUGAGCUUCACUGUGAUUCCAGAUCCCAACAAACCCGUCCGGCUGCAGGUGGAUUAUGUCCACUCUGCGAAGUUUCUUGCAGGACACACCUUCCCAGUUUUCGCAGUGACGGUGGUGUCUGAUGAAGGAAGUCCUAUCAUGACCUUUAACCCUGCUAAACUGUCCAUGCUGUUGUGGGAGGGAGCCUCAUCAAAACCUACACAACCAACCACUGAGCUGAAGUGCAACAAACCCAUGGCAAACGAGAAGAAGGAGAGUUUUUACUUUCGAGAUAAACUGAUCCCAGAACAUGUCGGGAAGUACACCAUUCAGUUUUCUCUUUGUGUUGACAAAAAAGAAGUUCUUCUCAGUAGCCAGAUCACCAUAAAUGUAGUGGCCAGUCUGCCUGUCAAACUGGGACCAUUGGUCCAGCCAACAACCCCAGUCGUCUCCAACAGUUCGGACAUCUCCAGCAGAAUCCUGGUGAAGGACAUGACUCUGGUGAUAAAGGAUUCGUUUGGUAAUCCAGCUGGACAGGAGCUGAGCGGGAAGGUGGUGGUCUCCAUAGGAUGUCCUGAUGGAGAAAGUAGCAGAUGUCUCCCGCUGUUUGAAGACAAAACGAGCAGCUUUCAGAUUAACUUAGAGGAAGGAAGGGCCCACAUCUCUAGGCUGGUGAUAAUGGAGAACAGUCCUGGUGAGAACGGCAGCAGAUACAACCUCAUCUUCAAACCCACAGGGCUGAAUCUUCCUACGUCCCUGCUUCCUUUUGAGCUUCUUUUCCAUUUUUACAACGAUGCUGAGAAUCAGAGAAGAAUGUCUGAACUGUCGAGGAAGAGGGACGAACUGAAAAACUCCAUUGAAAAAUACGACGCCAUGUGUUCUACGUUUUGCGAACUCCGAAAAGGACUCACAAUUCAGCUCCAGGACAUUGCUGAGAAAGAAACCACCCUCAGAGUAGAGAUGAGCAAAAGAAACUUGGACAUUUCACAUCCUUUACCUAGCUCAGAUAUUGACAAACUGAUCAGAGACAAAACGAUUGAAGCUGAAACUAUUGAAAGGGUGCCAAGGAGAAAGUUCUCCGUCACUAAUAAAUUCGGCGGGCCGGAUGUUCUCGGAAUGGUUGGUCAUCUGGCCCUCAUUUUGGACGAUGAUGCUGCGAGGGUCAUCUCCUGGCAUUUGGUGGGAGACAUGGACUGCAUCAUCACCAGAACGACGGAGGCAGCUCAGAGGAUUUACCGAGACACACGGGGAGUUCAGCAGGUCAUGGCCCUGGACAGCAUACUUGUGCCACCAGGAAAGAGUUUUUAAAAAUUUUCUUGGAUUCACAAUUCUGAUGGAUGAUUUAACCUCCGCAACCAACUACAGGAAGGCGGUGACUUGUGAAAACAGGAUCAAUUGUCCCACCAUACUGACUCGAGAGGGUGACCGAGUCAGCGCUAGGGGUAAAUUUGGAGGUGCACAAAACAAAGCUCCGCCAUUGUCAGUUGCGAGUGUUGGAGCACCGCUUCCCCAACACUACCACACACUGAAGGAGCAACUAGAUCUGCUGGAGAAGUACAAGUCCAUAAGGCUGAAAAUGGAACAGGUAGAAAAAGCUCAUGAUGAAUCAUCAAAAAGUGAAGAGAUGAAGAAAGAGUUUGAGGAGAUUGAAAGACAACUCUCUUCUGUAAGAUUAGGGAAGCGUGGUCCUGAGAACCUAGAACCCUCCGGCAUCCAGACGAAACGACCUAGACAAAAAUCCAGAGAUCUCUUACCUGAUUUUUAGUUCUGCUUCCCUUUUUCCAUACAUUUAUGCAUUUUUUAUUGUUUUGCUUUAGUUUCAUGUUAUUUCUUUCUUUUUUGUCCUAAAACCAAAAUAGUAUUGUGUGUGUGUGUGUGUGUGUGUGUGUGUGUGUGUGUGUGUGUGUGUUUUUUUUAUAAAGUAACCGUUUUGUAAAAUAAACUCAUGUAUUUGCAAAUCUGUCGUUUAUAUUCUACUAAAUAAUUAAUACUGUGAAACAUAAAACCUGACUCUGUCCUGAGCAGAUGUACACGGGGAAUAGAUGCAAUUAUCAUUAAGGGGAAAUCAUUUUUGCACAAAGGGAAACACCUGGAUCUGCAUGUUGGUUGAUUGACUGAGAAACUAAUUAAAUGUUAAAGUCUUUGCUGGGAUAAUAUCUUUUUUAAUUCAUCUGGGACUACAUUUACAUACUUUUGUUUUUAUUAUCUCUGUUCAGUUCAUGUUGGAAGGAUUCUUUUUCUUGACUUUCGGAUACAUUUUGUUGACACACUAUUCUGUUAAGCCUUUGUAAAUCUGAUUUCUAAGCAACUUAAAUCCUGAAACAUAACUUCCUGGGUUUAAAAAAAAAUAUGUUACUUUAGUCUCCUGUGCUGAAUUUGGAUGCUGUUCGUCGUUUGGGCCAUUGCUUACAUUUUGUGCAAUCUGAACACCUGAGCCACAUCCAUCUACGCACAUAUCCAGGUAAAAAAGUGGAUUUGUGGAUUGUUGUUGUUGCUUAAUGGAAAAAUGUAUGAAAAAUACAUAUUUUAUUACCCUGCAGUAAUUUAAUGAACCACUGCUUUUGCACAAACUUUGUAACAUUUUUGUUCCAGCAGAGGGAGAAAAAAAUCCUUAAUCUCCAAAGCCAGAGUUGUUCCACCCAGUUGACCUAAACAAUACAUAUAAAAAGUUUGAGUUGGGUAAUAUAAAAACGUUUCUUUAGUCAACAGGAAAAAUAAUAUUCCUUUUGUUUUCUGCAGCAGGUGAAUCACAUUAUCCUGAGAUACUUUGUUGAUGAUAGAAAAAGUUAUUAAAUGGCACAAAGACAUCGGUGUUAAAAGGUUACAUUUUUGGGCUUUAAAAAUGGAUCAAAGUGAGAAACACUUCUUAUAAACAAUCUUUGUUGUAUAUAAGAAGCUCUCACUUCAGACCUCUGACGCAUUUUUCUCUACCCAACUUUGGCAACAUGAUUUCCUUCUUAUUCCUACAUACAAUCUGAGUGCUUUGCUCAUCAUUUUCACCAGAUUUCUCUCAUUAAACAAUGACUUUAUUCCA